CUCGUUUUCAUUGAAAAAGUUCCAUGUGAUCUAUCCAUCUCCUUUGUAUUCCAUCUUGGUGAUUUCAGCCAUCAUCUCGAUACGCACGUCGCUGUUACCUACUUGCAGUAUCCUCUCCAAGGACAUGUCACUGCUAUCGCUAUGAUCUCGCUCGCUGUGCGCUCCGUCCGUGGGGCUUUGGUUCGGCUUUCACCGAGUUCGCAUUCCUACCCGUACGCGCCGCUGUCGAACGCAAAUGGCCAUUCUGAACCCUCAUUACCCGGCGGAUCGACUUCAAAACCGCAGCCAAGUACCUUCAUUGCGAGACUAAUGGCCAUCCUUUUCUUCUUACUGCCCUCCUUCCUCCAGAGGAGGCUAAGGCUCAACGACUCCAAGAACCAUCGCAGACGCCUGUAUCCAACAUCCUGGCUUGACGGCCUGCGUGGGACCGCAUCUCUGAUUGUCUUCAUUUGCCACUAUUCAGGACCAAACUUCGGAUGGUACCUCGCUAGACCAUACGGAAUCCCCCAAGAAAACGAUACUGCCGCUUCCUCGCCGCUACAGCUCCCUUUCGUACGCGUCAUCUACAGCGGAAAGCCCAUGGUUCACAUCUUCUUCGUCAUCUCCGGCUUCGUUCUCUCUCUCAAGUCUCUACAGCAGGCCAGAAAACACAACUAUGACGGGCUCCACCGCACCCUCUCGAGUAGUGUUUUCCGCCGCGGCUUUCGAUUGUUUCUUCCUACUACUGCCUCCACAUUUAUCAUCAUGGUCAUGAUCCGCCUUGGUUGGAUGGGACAGCCUCUGCCCACGCUAUGGGAACAACUUAUAGACUGGAAGAAUGCUCUCUGGAGGAUCACCUUUAGCUGGCAGUGGGACAUUACCCAAUUUCUCCCGUACGAUGUUCAUCUUUGGACCAUUCCAAUUGAGUUCUCUAACUCGUUACUACUAUUUGUUACUCUAACGGGUGUAAGCCGUAUGAAGACGUAUCUACGUCUAACAUCCGUGCUUACUAUUAUGGCUUACUGCCUUAGGUGUGGCCACUGGGCCGCUUUUGAGUUCUUUGGAGGCAUGGUCCUCGCUGAGAUCGGUCUUAUCCAAGAGGCACGCCGCGAGCGGGUUGCUGCAGCUCUCCAGAACAAGGAGGAUGGAUCAGGCUCAGCGGCCCCUGAUGGCGUUUCUAGCUCGUGUUCUAGAUCCGUCAAGACAGUCAUUAUCAAAGCCUUCCUCAUCGGCAACCUCAUCUUUGGUCUGUUCGUUGCUGGGUGGCCGGACGAAGUUAAUGAUAUCACCCCCGGAAUUGCGCCGCUCUUUCGCAAUACCAUGGAGCCCUAUUUUACUAUGGGAGGAGACCUCGUUGCGUUCCCCUGGUAUGCACUUGGUGCUAUCCAGAUUGUUGCCGCCUUGCAACAGGUCACGGUGCUACAGAACCUCUUUAUAACACCCCUGGCGCAGUAUCUUGGUGACAUAAGCUAUGCAUUGUACCUUGUUCAUGGGCCUGUCUUGGACGUUUUGGAACACCGCUGGAUGCCCUACGUCUGGACUCUGGUUGGCGGCAGAGAGGAAGCUGGCAUGUGGGGUCGCAUGGUGGCAUGGUUCAUCGGUCUGAUUGCGCUGGGAGUACCUACUAUCUGGUGUAGUGAUGUUUUCUGGCGAACAGUGGAUGUUAAGACGGUCGAGCUUUCGCGCUGGAUCGAGACUCAGUGCGUGCGAGACGAUUGAACCGGUACCUUUGAACGACGGGCGGUUGCCAUAGACGGCGGUCGACGUGGCAUUUGGGGCGGCGAACAGCUACCCAGACGUUGUUUCGUUCCUUACGUACACAAAAUAUUGUUGCAUUAGCACCAUCAUGCAAAAGAAUCAAAUGUCUUAUGGUUUCUCGGCUACAAUCCUCCUAGCAUCGAAGUCCUAAUUCUGUGAAGGAAGUGUUGUGAUGACGUCGGGAUAGUGUUCGUAGUGAACAGAGCGGUCAUGCCGCCAAAGCAUCAUUGAUGCGAUACACCAGGAUGAAUAGGAAUCAUCACCUCAUAAUUCAGG